UUCGUGAAAGUUUAGUGAAAAGGUGCUUUCGUCUAGUGAAAAGUGAACCAUGUCCUGCUUCAAAAUCAAGUGGAAGGUGCCUUCGUGGUUGCGACUCCGCCGUCGCCCCCGUCAACCGGAUGUGCCGGUUCUGGUGCGCAUCGUGCCCCAUCCGCCGCCACCCUCGCCGGAACAGAAGGCCAAGGAGGAGCGGCGCCCGGAGCGCGGUCCCGGCUUCUAUCGGCGGGUGUUCCGCGGCGAGCUGCUCCAGCUGGAAGCUUGGGAGGAGCUCAAUACGGAUCUGCCGUACGGGGCCGCCGCCUACUACCGGUCCGAUCUGAGCACGUACGAGGACGAGAUCUUUUGCCGGCUGCACUGCUGCAAGGACGAACGGGACCUGAUGGGGAAGCUGGUGGCGAAGAAUGCGGGGAGGUGCUCGUGCUUUGGCCGCGGCAAGACCCGGGAGGAGCUUGAGAGGUCGCUGAAGAAGAAGAUGCUGAGGCAGAUUUGCCGGGAUAUUAGGCGGUUGGGCAAGUACAACCGGAAGUUGGCGCUGGGGUACUUCGAGGAGAUUAGGCAGUAUUUGGCUGCGGUGAAGGAGUGCGAGAAUCACGUGCUGGUCCGGACGUGGGAGGACACGGCCCCGGAGGAUAUGGAUCCGCUGCAGGGCACUUCGGACUCGUACUACCGGAAGGAGUUCCGCAAGGCGCCGCUGUGGAACCCGAAGCUGUGCGAGCCGUGGGCGGAACCGGCGGAGCCGUUGACACCGGAAGAGCUGGAGGUGCGCGCCAGGGCCCAGCGGAACCGGGCUCACAGCGAGCUGAGCCCGAACGAUCGCGACCAGUGGAAGCUGUCCAAGUGGCACUACGAGCGCCGUCCGGAGCACGAGCAGGAGCACUACCUGCCGAAUCACGAGCUGCCGUCGCGGCCGGGCCAGUUCGAGCUGGAGGAUUUGCAGCGCGCUUUUGCGCCGCCACUGCCGGCGUCUCCGGCCAACUCGGACGAGAUGGCCUCGACGGAUUCGGAGGAGGUGCGCGAGGCGAUCGCGGCCGAACACCGCGAGAGUCGUCGCGCCGGCAAGCGCGAGUUUUCUCUGCCGGCCCACUUGAAGAACUUUGAUCCGUUCGCCGAGGACAACCGGCCGAAGAUUCCCACCGUGGUGGCCAGUGCCGAGGUGACGGUCCAGAAGCCGUUCCCGGUGGAGAUUGCGAAGGAGGAAGUUGCUGAAGUCGAAGAAGUCGACGAUUCGGAUACGUCCUUCGUGGACUCCGAGCUGGACCUGAUCAUCAGCGUCGACGACCUGCUCGACAUUGCGAUGGCCAACCUUUCUGCAGAUGAACAAGACACUGUCAAGGAUGCCGCCCCGGAGGUCAAGAACGAUCCCGAGACCGCCGCUCCGACCGAGUCCCCGGCUAAAACCGUCAAACUGGUCAUGAUCGAGGUGGAGCCGCCCACUCCCACCAACGUGGUCAUCGUGCAGGCCGAGAUCCACCCGGAACCUGCCGACGACGAAGUUGCGCCGCCCCUGCCGGUGAAGAAGACCAAGUACCGCGAACGGUUGGUGCACUUUGAAGGUGACCCGGACAAGAUCGAGGUGGACCAGUCGUUCAUUGAGCCGCCGAAGGCGAAGGAGAACGAGCCGGAGCUGGGCGGAACCUCGAAGGUUCCGCGCUGCCUGCGCAACAUCCGGUGGAGCUUCUUCAAGCCACUUCAGCACCCGAAGAACCCGCCCGGCAUGAGCAAGCGGACGAUCGUCGAACAGGACUUGGCAAGAGCAAAAAUAAAUAGCUUCGUAAGGAACUCACCAUGGCGGACGCCCCGUUGUUGACGAUCUUGGCCUUGCCCCGGCCGUCCCAGUGGCCGAAGAACUCGAGCGGCUGGACGCCAUCCUUGAAGGCGGUCGAGCGCUG